AUGGCAUCAUCAAACACCCCUGGCUUCAAAUACCUAAAGUUUUUUAAGCCUGAUUUUUACACAAAAAUUGCGGGUUUGCUAAAAGAAGGUUCAACACUCAAAGAUGUUAUCACUCUUGUAUUGCAGAAUCCAGAACAAGAGAAAGAAAUCUUGACUGAAUUUAAAGUCAAGGCCAUGAAAAAUGAUGAAAUACAAGU